AUGUCGGUUUUCCGAGUGGGUGACCAUGUGUGGCUGGACACCUCCUCUGCCAACCAGAACAGUGUGGCCAUUGGGGGCGUCGUCAAGGAUACAAAGCCUAGCAAGAUCUUGGUUGAAGAUGAUGAAGGCAAGGAACACUGGAUCCCAACAGAGCAGCUUAGCCUUCUCAGCCCCAUGCACCUGAACUCCGCCCAGGGUGUGGAUGACAUGAUCCGUCUGGGGGACCUGAAUGAGGCAGGCAUGGUGCACAACCUCCUCAUCCGCUACCAGCAGAACAAGAUCUAUACAUACACGGGCUCCAUUCUGGUGGCUGUGAACCCGUUCCAGGCGCUGCCGCUCUACACACUGGAGCAGGUACAGCUGUACUACAACCGCCACGUGGGCGAGAUGCCACCUCACAUCUUUGCCAUCGCUGACAACUGUUACUUCAACAUGAAGAAGAACAAGAAGGACCAGUGCUGCAUUAUCAGUGGUGAGUCUGGGGCAGGGAAGACAGAGUCCACCAAACUCAUCCUGCAGUUCCUUGCUACCAUCAGCGGCCAGCACUCCUGGAUCGAGCAGCAGAUUCUGGAGGCCAACCCCAUCCUGGAAGCCUUUGGAAAUGCCAAGACAACCCGCAAUGACAACUCAAGCCGCUUUGGGAAAUAUAUUGACAUCUACUUCAACUCCAGCGGGGUGAUAGAGGGUGCAUGCAUUGAGCAAUUCCUUCUGGAGAAGUCCCGGGUCUGCCGGCAGGCCCCGGAGGAGCGCAACUACCACAUCUUCUAUAGCAUGCUCCUGGGGAUGAAUGCAGAGGAGAAGAAGCUGCUGAGCCUGGGGAUGCCCUCUGAGUACCACUACCUGACCAUGGGGAACUGCACCUCUUGGGAGGGGCACGAUGACGCCAAGGACUAUGCCCACGUCCGCUCCGCCUUGAAGAUCCUCACAUUCUCCGACUCCGAGACCUGGGACAUCAGCAAGCUGCUUGCAGCCAUUCUCCACCUGGGGAAUGUGGAAUUUAUGGCUUCAGUCGUUGAAAACUUGGAUUCAUCAGAGCUGAAGGAGACACCUGUUUUUCCCAUUGUGCUGAAGUUACUGGAGGUGAAGCAUCAGGAACUGAAGGAUUGUCUAAUCAAGCACUCCAUCAUCGUCCGUGGGGAGUUAGUCACCACACCCCUGAAUAUCACCCAGGCUGCUGAUCGGCGGGAUGCCUUUGUCAAGGGAAUCUAUGGGCAACUUUUCCUGUGGAUUGUCAAGAAAAUCAACAGUGUGAUUUUCACUCCACCUACUAACGACCCCAAAAAUGUGCGAAAGGCCAUUGGCCUCCUGGAUAUCUUUGGCUUUGAAAAUUUCCAGAAAAAUAGCUUCGAGCAGCUCUGCAUCAAUUUGGCCAACGAGCACCUGCAGCAGUUCUUCGUGCAGCAUGUGUUCACCAUGGAGCAGGAGGAGUACUGCUCGGAAAACAUCCCUUGGGAGCACAUCCAGUACACUGACAACCGGCCCACCCUGGACCUGCUCGUCCUCAAGCCCAUGAGUGUCAUCUCCCUGCUGGAUGAGGAGAGCCACUUCCCGCAGGGGACAGAUAUCACCAUGCUGCAAAAACUGAACAGUGUCCAUGCCAAGAACCAGGCCUUCCUGAAGCCCAAGAACAUCCAUGAUACCAGAUUUGGCAUCACCCAUUUCGCCGGCAAUGUGUAUUACCAGGUAGAAGGCUUCCUGGAGAAGAACCGAGAUGUUCUGGGUUCAGAUAUUCUCAGCCUGCUUCAUUCCUCCAAAAACAAGUUCCUGCAGGAAAUAUUCAAACUGGGUUCAGGGGAGACCAAAUUGGGCCCUGGGACCAUCUGCAAAACAAAGACUGGGAGCAUGCAUGUCCAGUCUUCAGAGUCCAACAAGCGCCCCCCAACCUUGGCAGCCCAAUUCAAAAAGUCUCUGGACCAGCUGAUGAAAAUCCUGAACAACUGCCAGCCCUAUUUCAUCCGCUGCAUCAAACCCAAUGAGUACAAGAAGCCACUGCUCUUCGACCGGGAACUGUGCACCCAGCAGCUGCGGUAUUCCGGCAUGAUGGAGACUGUGCAGAUCCGCAGAUCCGGCUUCCCCAUCCGCUACACCUUCGAGGAGUUCUCACGCAGGUUCUGCAUCCUGCUGUCCAGCAUUGAGCGCAGGCAGCUACAGGAAAAGUUUCGCCAGAUGAGCCUGCGCAUUGUUGAAAGUUGGCUGAAGACAGACAAAAACUGGAAAAUGGGAAGGACAAAAAUUUUCUUGAAGGACAAUGAGGACACUCUGCUGGAGAUACAGAGGAGCCAGAUCCUGAAACAGGCAGCAAUCAACAUCCAGAGAGUCCUGAGAGGCUACAAAUACAGGAAGGACUUCCUACGGAAGAAGCAGGCAGCCCUGGUCCUCCAGGCCUGGUGGAAAGGCCACUACCACAGGCAGAACUUCAAGAUGAUCCUCCUAGGUUUUCAGCGUCUACAGGCUACUGCCCGGAGUCACUCUCUGGCCAAGCAGUACCACGUCAUGCGGCAGAGAAUGGUUCACCUGCAGGCCCGCUGCAGGGGCUACCUGGUGCGCCAACAUAUUCAGGCCAAGAGGAGGGCAGUGGUGGUGAUCCAAGCAUACACCAGGGGCAUGGCUGCUCGGCAGAAUCUCCAGCGACAGAAAGCUAACGGGUCACUGGUCAUCUCAGCAAAGGAGCCAAAGAGCCAAGGUACUCCCCUACCCAGAAAGCGCCCAUCAAUCUACGACACCGUCAAUGACACGGAGAUGGUGGAGAAAGUGUUCGGCUUCCUCCCUUCCAUGAUGGGCGGGCAGGAGGGCCAGACCUCACCCACCUUCAAGGAUCUACAAGCAAAGACACUGAAGCUGCCCGAGGCUGACCUGGAUGCAGUCCCCACGGUGGAGGGACUGGAAGAGGAAGAAGACCUGACCAAGUACACCUUCUCCAAGUUUGCUGCUACCUACUUCCAGAAAUCAGCCAGCCACACACACAUCCGGCGGAUACUCCUGCACCCACUGCUCUACCUUGAGGAUGAUGAGGACUGCUCGGCUGCCCUGGCCGUGUGGAUCAUCAUUCUGCGGUUCAUGGGUGACCUUCCAGAGCCAGUGCACUUUGCCAAAAACAACCUGCAUGACAGCUCCAUGAUAGGGCACAAUGCUACAGGCAAGGACAGCGGUGCACAACCUCUGAAGCAUGGUGGAUCUGCACAGGUGACCAGACAGCUGAAUACUGAAGACGAUGUGUUUGAGUCAGACAGUCCCAUUGCAGAGCGACCCAUGUCCAACCUGGAGAAGUUGCACUUCAUCGUGGGUUACGCCAUCCUGCGACCCAGCCUCAGGGAUGAGAUUUACUGCCAGAUCUGCAAGCAGCUGUCUGAGAACUUCAGAAAGAGCAGCCUGGCACGGGGCUGGAUCCUGCUCAGCCUCUGUCUGGGCUGCUUCCCACCCUCAGAGAGACUCAUGAAGUAUCUACUGAACUUCCUUGGUCAAGGUCCAGCAUCCUAUGGCCCCUUCUGUGUGGAGCGCCUGAGACGCACCUGUACCAAUGGGGUGCGCACAGAGCCCCCCACCUGGCCAGAGUUGCAGGCUGUCAAGUCCAAGAAGCACAUCCCAAUCCUUGUCACCUUGCCUACUGGAGAGACCCUGACUGUCAUGGUGGACUCCGCCUCCACGUCGCGGGAAGUCUGUCUGCAUAUUGCCCACAAGCAGGGCCUCAGCGACUACCUGGGCUUUUCCCUCCAGUUUACCGUGUAUGAUAAGUUCUUGUCCCUGGGCAAUGGGCGUGACCACGUGAUGGAUGCCAUCGCCCAGUGUGAGCAGCUGACGAGGGAAAGGAAAGAGAAUGAACGCCAGUCACCCUGGCGUGUGUACUUCCGAAAGGAGUUCUUCACCCCCUGGCAUGACUCCCAGGAGGACCCCAUCAGCACCAAGCUCAUUUACCACCAAGUCCUCCAUGGAAUCCGGUCUGGCGAGUAUAGCUUCAAGAAGGAGGAAGAGCUGGUGGAGCUGCUGGCCCGGCACUGUUAUGUGCAGCUCGGUGCCUCCGCAGGGAGCCAAGCUGUCCUGGAGCUGCUGCCCAGCUGCAUCCCCCCCAGGCUGUACAGGACCAAGGCCCCCAGGGAGUGGGCCAGCCUGGUCACUGCCGCCCAAGCGCAGGCAUCUUACACCCAGAGUCAGGCGAUGCCCCAGACUGUGCGGGAGCAGGUGGUCGACACUGCCCGCCUACAGUGGCCGAUGCUCUUCUCUCAGCUCUUCGAAGUCACCACCCUCUCUGGUCCCCGACUACCCAAAACACAGCUGGUCUUGGCUGUGAACUGGAAGGGGCUGUACUUCCUGGACCAGAAGGAGAAGAUGCUUCUACAACUAUCUUUCAUGGAGAUCAUGAGUCUGGGCACCAACAGGAAGGCCCAUGGCGGACAGAGACUGCUGUUGUCCACUCUGCAUGAAGAGGAGUAUGAGUUCACAUCCCCCAGCUGUGUGGCCAUCGCCGAACUGGUGGCCUUGUUUCUGGAAGGCUUGAAGGAGAGGUCCGUGUUCGCCAUGGCCCUGCAGGACCAGAAGGCCACAGAUGAUCCCAGCUUCCUCCCCUUCAAGAAGGGAGACUUGCUGAUCUUGACAAAGAAGAAUGGGCCAGCAGCCUCUGAGAUGUGGGUCCUGGGCCAGAACAACAGGACUGGCAAGACAGGGCUGGUGCCUGUGGCCUGCCUCUACAUCAUCCCUACAGUCACCAAGCCCUCGGUGCAGCUGCUGAACCUGCUGGCCAUGUCACCAGCAAAGCGAAAGCUGGUGGCCCAGGAGGUACAGCCUGCAGAUCAGCUAUCUGAGGAAGAGCCCAAGAAGCCAUACACCCUCGAGGAAUUCUCCUACGAAUAUUUCAGGACCCCAGAGGAGAACGUCAACCGAGCCAUGCCCCUGGUCAGGCCUCGGGGCCACCUGUGGGCCCACUGCUAUGAACCGCUGCGGCAACCUCUGCUCAAGCGUGUCCAUGCCAACGCUGAGCUGGGCGAUGUGGCCUGUCAGAUCUUCAUCGCCAUCCUCAGGUACAUGGGUGACUACCCCUCUCGGCAGGUCUCAAGCCCCCUGGAGCUCACCAACCAGAUCUUCACCUUGGCCCUGCAGGACAAAGCCCUGCAGGAUGAGGUCUACUGCCAGAUCCUGAAGCAGCUCACGAACAACCCCAAUAGGUACAGUGAAGAGAGAGGCUGGCAACUGCUGUGGCUCUGCUCAGGCCUCUUUGCCCCUGGCAAGGCACUGCUGCCCCAUGCCCAGAAGUUCAUAGACACCCGGAGGAAGAGGCUGCUGGCUCCUGACUGUAGCCGCCGGAUCCAGAGGGUCCUGAGGACUGGCCCCCGCAAGCAGCCCCCACACCAGGUGGAGGUGGAGGCCACGGAGCAGAAGGUCUCCCGCAUCUGUCACAAGAUCUACCUCCCCAAUGACAACAGUGAGAUGGUGGAGGUGAACAGCAACACCCGAGUGCGAGACGUGUGUGAGAGCAUCGCCACCCGGCUGCAGCUGACCUCCUGGGAAGGCUGCAGCCUCUUCAUCAAGAUUGCAGACAAGGUCAUCAGCCAGAAGGAGGGAGACUUCUUCUUUGACUCCUUGCAAGAGAUAUCAAACUGGAUGAAGAAGAACAAGCCCCAGAAAGAAGGGGCCCCCGUGAUGCUCCCCUAUCAGGUGCACUUCAUGAAGAAGUUAUGGCUUGGUGUGACCCCAGGGAAGGAUGUGAAAGCAGACACCAUCCUCCAUUACCACCAGGAGCUGCCCAAGUACCUUCGAGGGUUCCACAAGUGCUCGCGGGAGGAAGCAAUCCACCUGGCAGGCCUUAUCUACAAGGCCAAGUUUAAUGAUGACUGGUCCCACCUAGCUAAUAUCCCCAAGAUCCUGAAGGAACUGGUGCCUGAGAACCUCAUACGCCUGAUACCUUCAGAAGAAUGGAAAAAGAACAUCCCUGUGGCUGUUGACAAGCACAAAGACAAGACAGUGGAGGAGGCCAAAGUGGCCUUCUUGAAGGGGAUCUGCCGGUGGCCCACCUUCGGGUCUGCCUUCUUCGAGGUUAAGCAAACCUCAGAGCCUUCCUAUCCGGACAUCAUCCUCAUUGCCAUCAACCGACACGGGGUUCUUCUUAUCCACCCUAGGACAAAGGAGCCGCUCACUACCUACCCCUUCACCAAGAUCGCCAACUGGAGCAGCGGCAGCACCUACUUCCACAUGGUGCUGGGAAGCCUGGGCCGGGGCACUCGCCUGCUGUGUGAGACCUCUCUGGGCUACAAAAUGGAUGACCUGAUAACCUCCUACGUGCAGCACUUCCUGAAUGCCAUGAACAAGCAGCGGGGCUCUCGGGCACUUCCGGAGCCUUAA